UGUCUUCGCGCUAUUUAUUGUUAGAUUGUUGUCCAUAUAACCAUAUAGCAGAUACGUGAGGUUUUAUUCUAUUUUAUGAAUCUUACAGCGCUUCAACACACGGCGAAACAGUUUGUUCAUCGGUACAUUGUAGAAACAAAAUUAUGCUGGAAAUAUUUGUCUCCAACGAUAAAGGACGAGGGUUAAGAUGCACCUCGUCAAUUAGAAGGGGAACUGUAUUGAUGAGCUCAGAACCUUUUGUGUACCUACUGGCUAACGAACAGAAAGGAAUUCGAUGUGAUCAUUGUUUUCAAAAACAAGAGACUUUGCUUCGAUGUUCCGGUUGUAAAUUUAUGAGAUAUUGUGACAAAAACUGUCAGAAAGGAGCAUGGUCACAGCAUAAACAAGAAUGUGCAGCCUUGAAACAAAUAUCUCCUAAAGUUCCUCCUGAUUUUGUCAUUUUAUUGGGGAGAGUACUUUGGAAAUUGGAAAACUCGUUAGAUGACAAUAAAACAGAAGAUCUGGUUUCAAUAAUGGACCUUGAAUCUAAUUAUGACCGACUCACUGAAGGCCAAAAGGAAACACUUGGGCAAUUUGUUGUAAUCUUACAUUCAUAUUGGGGUCUUGGAACAUUACCUCUUCAAGUUCCAGAUAUUAAAGCGGUUUUAGAACUUUGCGCAAAGUUGAAAAAUAACAGUUUUGCUAUUUGUGAUGAAGAACUUCAGUCCGAUAUUGGCACAGGAAUAUAUUUGAGUUGCAGUCUAAUAAAUCACAGUUGCGUUCCAAACUGUAUUGCCGUAUUUGAUCGAUUACAAUUGAAUAUACGAACGUUGCGAGAUUUGAAAGAAGGUGAAGAGCUCACAAUAUCAUACAUUGAACAACUGGCACCAAGUCAUGACAGACAAGACGAACUUCAAAAUAUUUAUAGAUUUAAAUGUAAAUGCCCUGCAUGUAGUAACAGAAUGCAUGAUGGGAAUAUGUUGAGUGACUUCAACAAUGAAAUACUGUCAAUAAAUUCCCCCAAAAUAACAGCGGUAAAAAGGUUUUUAGAAGAUCUUGACAAAGCACGAAAAGCAGGUGAUUAUGGAGAGAUAAGAGACCUAACAUCGGGAUUCAUUGCGAGACAGGUCCUUCCCCUUGAAAAUGUAUAUAUGGCAAGGAUCCAUGAUUUUUCGAUGGACGCUUGCAUACAAUUACAGAAGUUUGAUGAAGCAUUCCACCAUGGUGCUAUGGCACUAAAAGCAUACAGAUCAUAUCUUCAAGAUGUUAAUCCACUAACUGGUUUGCAAAUGAUGAAACUUGGUAAAAUACUUUUGUACACAAAAAGAAAUGGGGAAGCAAUUCGUAUGCUGGUUGAGGCUUUGAAGGUACUACAAAUUACACACAGCCACAAGGGUGAAGUAAUGCAGGAAUUAAGAUUACUUAUCGAAAACUGCCAACUGGAACUGAGAUCUGAAAGUAAAAAGAAAAAUUCAAGUCAAUGAAUGUUAUAUUUAAUUUAUUAUCAGCUGGUGCUACUAUGUCAUUUGGCCACAAUAUUUUUGUUUACAUGAUAUUUUGCUAUCAAUAGUAAAACGUAUCAAUGUGUGUUGCGUCUUGUGAAAAAUACGAUUGAAAUGUGUAUCUUCAAGUAGUUUUAAAACCAUAUUUUUUCAGUUUGGAUGCAAGUGUAAUAGUGUAUAUUCCAAAAUAUAUCUGUCUCCUCACCUUUACCUUGUGUGACAUUAUGAUCUUCCAGUUGUUUGUGAUUAAACUGAUGAUUUCUGAUAGAAUUGGUCAACUAUAAUAUCUGUAUUCUUUUUUUGCUACUCUAUUUUUUUGUUAUUUGUGUCUAAUAAAAAUCAUACCAUAUCUUG